AUGCAGGUCUUCAGCAAGACAGACACAUGUACUCCCUCUCACCACUCAGUACUCUGUUCGCAUCAUGGUGACCACUCGGGCAGCGCGAAGAAGGCUUGCUUGCACUUAAUCCCUCCAGAGGCUUUCAAGGGGGCUCACUGGUCUACCGGUAUAGCUGGUCAUGGAAGUACUGGAAGUACUACUCUACUGGCCUCUUUGACUGCGCCACAGCCACAGUCCAGCCACAGAGCCCGCUCUUUGUCGGCUCAAGGCUGGAGACGAAUGACUUACCUACUCCAGUACCAGGUACACAGUGUCAGGGUCCUGCCAAAGUCUCCACGCAUGGCUCCGACGAGAGGCCUAUGCGAUUGCGACCAACGUCCAACUACCCGACCGCACAUUCGGCUACUGAUUUCCAUCCAACUGUUCUGCCCUCGACCACAGGCCCUUCCCAAUUCCCAUCGCCUGGCUGAGACGGCCUGGCGUCGAGUGCAUCCCUAUUGGAUGUCACCGCUCGACGCCACGCCACGCCACUCACCUUCAGGCCAAGCGCUUGGGCCAGGAAUGCGAAACAGGGCUAGUGCCAGGGGCAAGCUUGACCCUUGCUGGUCCCUCUUGAAGGAAGCUUGUUGCCCUCGCAUUCUUUCACUCUGGCUGCCUCAUCGCCGUUUCUUCAGUCAGCCUCUGCGUUUUACCAGUCCGUCUUUCCCACCCUACUUAAUAUUCACUCUUUUGCAAUCAGCCCGUUUGCCUGUUGCGCUACGCUCCUUGACCCCGACGACACCCGCGCCUUCUCAAUCCACCCUUCCUGACGCUCAUUAUCGUUUCUUUCUCGGCGCCUCCACCCAAGCACUUGCCAACACCGACUUCACGUCUUGGACAUUCUUGUGCCAUCCUUAUCAACAUGCGCGGACUCAUUGCUACCACGGCCCUGCUCGCCGGCGUGCAGGCCGCCAUCGACCCAAUCGUUAUCAAGGUACGCCGUCGCACCCUGGCAAACAGCAUCUGGCGCCCCAACUUACCCAUCUGCAGGGCCAAAAAUUCUUCCACAAGAAUAGCGGAGAGCAAUUUUUUAUGAAAGGCAUUGCCUACCAACAGGAGAUCAACUCAAACUCCACACAGACCGAUACCGACAGCCUCAAGAUCACCGACCCCCUGGCCGACUCGGAAACCUGCAAGCGGGAUAUUGAAUAUCUCAAGAAACUCCAGACAAACAUCAUCCGUGUCUAUGCCAUCGACCCAUCCAAGGACCACAAGACAUGCAUGCAAGCUCUGGCAGAUGCGGGAAUCUAUGUCAUUGCGGAUUUGUCCGAGCCCGGCCUCUCGAUCAACCGUGAUGACCCUGGAUGGACCGUUGACCUGUUCAAACGCUACACCAGUGUCGUGGACGAGCUCAUGAAGUAUGACAACACCAUGGGUUUCUUCGCUGGCAACGAGGUCUCCAACCAAGGCAACAACACAGUCGCCAGUGCUUUCGUCAAGGCUGCCGUCCGUGACACCAAGGCUUACAUCAAGAGCAAGAACUACCGAGAGAUUGGCGUCGGGUAUGCUACCAAUGAUGACGCUGAGAUUCGCGAGAACAUGGCCAACUACUUCAACUGCGGAAAGCCGGAGGAAUCCAUUGACUUCUGGGGUUACAACAUCUACUCGUGGUGCGGCGACUCCUCCUUCACAGAGUCGGGCUUUGAUGUCCAGACCAAGAACUUUGAAAAGUACAAUGUGCCCGUCUUCUUCGCCGAAUAUGGUUGCAACACCCCUCGCCCUCGCAAGUUCACGGAAGUCGGCGCUCUUUACGGCAAACAGAUGACGGGCGUUUGGUCCGGUGGUAUCGUCUACAUGUACUUUGAAGAGGCGAACCAGUUUGGUCUCGCCUCCAUUUCCAACGGCAAAGUCAAGACCAACGAGGACUUUGACAACCUGUCCAAGCAGAUUGCAAAGGCCACGCCCGUCGGUGUCAAAAUGGACUCUUACACCCCUAGCAACACGGCUGCUGCUACUUGCCCCAAGGUUACGGCCGCCAAGUGGGAAGCUGAGUCGGAUCCCCUUCCUCCUGCCGCGAACGCAGACCUCUGCUCUUGCAUGAUGGACACUCUCAGCUGCGUUGUCGCCGACAAGACCGAGGAGGAUGACUUUGGUGACAUGUUUGGUUUCAUCUGCGGUCUCAAGGAUGGAGAGUACUGCGCCGGUAUCAACAAGAACGCUACCACCGGUCCUUAUGGCGCGUAUAGCAUGUGCUCGAACAAGGAGCAGCUCUCUUUUGCUGCCAACGCCUACGCAAAGGCCGUCAACGGUGGAUGCAACUUCAAGGGCAAGGCCACCACCAAGGUUGCCGUUGCUACACCCACUGCUUCUGGCUGCUCAACCCUCCUCCAAGCGGCUGGUGCUCAAGGUACCGGUGUUGUCAGUGGCAGCUCCAAUGGUGGAUCUGGCUCCGGCUCCGGUUCCAACUCGACUGGUGCUGCCUCUGGGCUCUCGGCACCUGUCUUGAGCACGGGUGCCUUUAGCCUCGGUCUCUAUGUUUUCGGAGCCGUUGCCUCUGGCAUGGCUAUGAUUUUGUUGUAG